AUGAGCACAGCCAUCCUAGUGGUGUCCCAGCCUCAGCACAGCCAUCCCAGUGGUGGCCCAGCCUCAGCACAGCCAUCCCAGUGGUGGCCCAGCCUCAGCACAGCCAUCACAGUGGUGACCCAGCCUCAGCACAGCCAUCCCAGUGGUGUCCCACACUCAGCACAGCCAUCCCAGUGGUGGCCCAGCCUCAGCACAGCCAUCUUAGUGGUGUCCCAGCCUCAGCACAGCCAUCCCAGUGGUGGCCCACCCUCAGCACAGCCAUCCCAGUGGUGUCCCAGCCUCAGCACAGCCAUCCUAGUGGUGUCCCAGCCUCAGCACAGCCAUCUUAGUGCACAGCCAUCCCAGUGGUGGACCAGCCUCAGCACAGCCAUCCCAGUGGUGGCCCAGCCUCAGCACAGCCAUCCCAGUGGUGGCCCAGCCUCAGCACAGCCAUCCCAGUGGUGGCCCAGCCUCAGCACAGCCAUCCCAGUGGUGGCCCAGCCUCAGCACAGCCAUCCCAGUGGUGGCCCACCCUCAGCACAGCCAUCCCAGUGGUGGCCCAGCCUCAGCACAGCCAUCCCAGUGGUGUCCCAGCCUCAGCACAGCCAUCCUAGUGGUGUCCCAGCCAUCCUAGUGGUGUCCCAGCCUCAGCACAGCCAUCCCAGUGGUGGCCCAGCCUCAGUACAGCCAUCCCAGUGGUGGCCCAGUCUCAGCACAGCCAUCCCAGUGGUGGCCCAGCCUCAGUCCAGCCAUCCCAGUGGUGGCCCAGCCUCAGUACAGCCAUCCCAGUGGUGUCCCAGCCUCAGCACAGCCAUCCUAGUGGUGUCCCAGCCUCAGCACAGCCAUCCUAGUGGUGUCCCAGCCUCAGCACAGCCAUCCCAGUGGUGUCCCAGCCAUCCUAGUGGUGUCCCAGCCUCAGCACAGCCAUCCCAGUGGUGGCCCAGCCUCAGUACAGCCAUCCCAGUGGUGGCCCAGCCUCAGCACAGCCAUCCCAGUGGUGGCCCAGCCUCAGUACAGCCAUCCCAGUGGUGGCCCAGCCUCAGUACAGCCAUCCCAGUGGUGUCCCAGCCUCAGCACAGCCAUCCUAGUGGUGUCCCAGCCAUCCUAGUGGGUCCCAGCCUCAGCACAGCCAUCCCAGUGGUGGCCCAGCCUCAGUACAGCCAUCCCAGUGGUGGCCCAGCCUCAGCACAGCAUCCUAGUGGUGGCCCAGCCUCAGCACAGCCAUCCCAGUGGUGGCCCAGCCUCAGCACAGCCAUCCCAGUGGUGUCCCAGCCUCAGUACAGCCAUCCCAGUGGUGGCCCAGCCUCAGCACAGCAUCCUAGUGGUGGCCCAUCCUCAGCACAGCCAUCCUAG